AAGCCAAACAUUCCAAUCUCUCCUAUUGAUCCUAGGCAGAACCAAGCAAAGUAAUGGAGAUGGUCCCUGGGAACAUUCCUGUAGUGAAGCGCAGGUUCGGCUCUAUGGAAGGUGAUGUGGUUGUGGAGGCUAAGUUUCCUAAAAGGCGGCGAAGAGAGCCGAAUUCUUCAGCAGCAGCAGCAUUGAAAGAAGGUACCAAUCAAGCUUCCUCUUCUACAACGACGACGACUAGUACUACAACUGCUCCCAUUGUGAAGAGAAGCUCCAGGUUCAGGGGAGUUAGCAGGCAUAGAUGGACUGGAAGAUAUGAAGCUCAUUUGUGGGAUAAGGGGUCCUGGAAUCCAACCCAGAAGAAGAAAGGGAAGCAAGGUGCUUAUGAUGAAGAGGAAUCUGCUGCAAGAGCUUAUGAUCUGGCAGCUCUUAAGUACUGGGGACUGUCAGCCUUCACAAAUUUCCCUGUUUCUGACUAUGAGAGUGAACUUGAAAUAAUGAAGAAUGUGACAAAAGAGGAGUACCUAGCCUCACUGAGAAGAAGAAGCAGUGGAUUCUCAAGAGGUGUGUCGAAAUACAGAGGGGUUGCAAGGCACCAUCAUAAUGGAAGAUGGGAAGCAAGGAUAGGGAGAGUCUUUGGGAACAAGUACUUGUACCUUGGAACCUACAGUACCCAAGAGGAGGCAGCUAGAGCCUAUGACAUAGCAGCAAUCGAAUACCGCGGUAUCAAUGCUGUGACGAAUUUCGAUCUCAGCACAUACAUCAGGUGGUUGAAACCAGAAUCUGAUACCCCUUCUUCCACUGAUGUUCAACAACACCAUGAAUCCAAAUUGGACCUGGAGAACUUCCCACUGACAACAGCAGCAGCCGCAGCAGCUUCUUCUUCUUGCCCUUCCAUGGCCUACUUCCAACCUAACAAAACAACAGCACAAAACCACCACCACCUCCCACUUCUACAGUCCAGCCUUAGAAUACUAGAGAAUCUAAAUGAGAACCCACUGGAGCAGGAACUCUUCCAGACAAGACCAGCAGGCAUGUUCUCCCCUCCAAGUGGCAACAAGAACACCUGUCUGUCGUCGUCGUCACCAUCUUCAUCACUGGCCUCAUCCACAACUACUUCCCCAUCGGCGCUCGGCCUCCUGCUCAAGUCAUCAGUGUUCAAACAACUCGUUGAGAAGAACUUGAACAGCAGUAGCAGCAGCAGUGGUAGCAACAGUAAUAACCACCAUCAUCUCUCCACUGAGCUAAAGAAUUUCCAGCUCCCCUCAAUGGGUGGGACUGGGACACACAAAGAGGAAGUGAUGGAUGAGGAAGCAGCAGAGAUGUACUGCAACGGGAUCAGCCAUAGCCAGAGCUCCUUCAUGAUGUACUCAUCAGGGAGUGGCAGUGGCAAGGAGGCCGCCGGUUUGUCGAAUUUGGAGUGGAAGGAGGAAGAGAGUUUGUUGCCAUUGUUCAACUCAUCAGCAGGAGGGCAGUCUUUCUGGGAUGGAUCACUAACCCUCCCUUCUCCUUUCCACUGAGUUAUUUUGUUUUUGGUGUCCACUUUGUUACUGUCACUUUUUUCACUAACAUAUUGCAGAACCUCUUUUGCUGUACCUUUUUACUGCUUGGGAAAAAUGCACCAUCUGUUUUGUGUAUAAUUUGCACACGCUUGUAUUGAGUAAGAAUAUCAGAAUAAACAAGCAAGAACGUUGUUUCAUGUACUUGUAAAUUUCAGUCCCGAGAGAGAGAAAAAUAACUGGAAACCCAAAGUUUUUGGUCAUGUAUGUAAACACAGACAGGUCAGUUAAUAAUAUUUUACUGUGUUCAUUGUUUUAACUUGCUGUUGCCAUCAGAAUUCAGAUUGUUGCCUGCCCUUUAUUAAUCUAAAAAUAAAGAUCAGGUGAACAU